AUGAGGAACGCCAAGAACAACUGCGGGUCCGCGUCCUACUGGCGUGUGGAAACGUCAUCUCCUGUUGACGUGCUGCGGGGCGAAGUCAAACGGGAUGACCCAUAUGAAUACAUGCAGUCAGAGAUGUUGGAGCAGGUGGCAGCGCCCGCCUUCGCAGAGGUUCCACCACCUCCUGCGCCAGUUCCAGAGGCGGCGCCAGAACCGCCAGCUGCCGUUCCGGAGGCUCGUGAGACUCGUGAGGCAGUCCCAAUCUCGCAAUCCAAGGCUACAUUCCCAAAACCUCCGCCGCCCAAGAAGGCUGCCAGCUACUACAUCCCCCCACCAGUGCCGCCGCCGAAGCAGGCUCCUCCCGUACCGCCCAAGCAGGUUGCGGUCGCGGAGACGCUGCGCCCUCCGCCCAAGAAGGAGGUCGUGGCACCUGCCAAGGCAGCGUCUUCCUGCUCUGUGUGGGGUGAUUUGGAUGAGCUGCGGCCAGCCAAAGGGAAUGCGGAUCAGCAGUUCCCGGACCUGUCCUCUGGUCCGCAGUCAAAGAAGGAGAAGCAGAAGACCGCGGCAAAGAAUCUUACACUCAUGGAGCCGAUGACGAAGGUGCAAGCCCAGGCCCAGGCUGCACAGAAAUUCGGACAGGCACAGAGAGCUCCGCCCACCUUCGCUCUCCAGGACCUCAUGAAACCAUCAAAGAAGGGCAGAUCAGCCAAGAUUUUCGCGGGGAAGGCUGCGCUGCCUCAGCAGACCGGAGCAUUUGUUGAAGAAGCAGGUGGUGACCUCCAAGGCGAUUGCGAGCCCGCCUCCUCCUCUGCGGCGCCGGUGUCGAAACUGACACCCAGCGGGAUCCUGCAGCGAGCACCUCGCGAGAAGCGAGAUGAUGGAAGUCGGCGGGAGCGAGACCCUAAGGGCGAGGAUGGAGAGGACGUGGAAGUCACGACGCAGACUCAAAUGAAGAUCGAUCCGCAGAAGCCGCUGCGCAUCUUGCAGAAGCCUGCCGAAGAGAAGGCCAAGGAUCAGGAGGCCCACGCGCCCCGAGCGGAGCCACGGACAGAGGCCUACCACGCGAAGGGCGCCGGCAAAGGUGAAGGCAAGGGCAAAGGCGGCAAGUCGAAGGACAAGGGGAAGAGCAAGGGCAAGGGCCGCGGCCCCCGCCGAUAUGGCGAGGACUCGGAUGCCGAAUGGAGCGUGGCAUCGCAUGAGUCGCAUUCAGAAGAUGAGGAGAAGGAGGCGAGCUCACCCAUGGUGGUCGUCUCAUCUGAGGAUGAGGACUCCGGGGCGAGACCAUUGCAGCAGGAGAAGGGCCAUGGAAAGAAGGGCAAAGGUAAGAACAAGGGCAAAGACAAGAAGGGUGGAAAGAAAGGAUGGAUUGUCAAGACGAAGUCUAUUGACUCUGAUGACACGCAUGAGGAGGCGACUGCCACUCCCGAACCUGAGCCGUCGGAGCGCCAUGAGGAAGAGGAAAGGCGACUCAGGAACCUGAAGAGUGUCUUGGAGUCCCGAGCAGCCACCCGCGCGGAGGCAGAGCGCCAGCGCAAGCUACUGCGGGAGAAGGCCGCAGGUGCAGAGGUGCAGCCUGUGAAGGAGACGUCGCCGAGCUCACCAGCAGCGUCCAGCGACCAGACGGAGCCAAAGCAAGCGGAGGCGGACGCGGAGGAGGAGGAGGACGAGGAGGAGCAGGAGCAGGAGGAAGAGGAGGAAGAAGCACAGGAGGAGCCUGUCGUCCCACAGUCGAGCAUCCUUAGUGAGGAGGCUAUGGGCCGCUUGAACCCUGUUGCAGACACCGGCCUUGCACUGGGCAUUGGUAUGGUCUGUGUGCAGGGCGAGGAGAAGGAGGUGGAUUCUGAUGAGCUCCUCGACUUUGAGACGGUGAAGAACCGUACAGAGAAGAAGGCAGAGAUGCGCGAGCAGCGCCGCGUCCAGGAGGAGCAAGCCACGCGCGCCGCAAUCCGACGCGAGGCGCAGCGCCAGCGCGACCUGCGUGCCAAGGAAGCCCAGGAAGCCAAGAUGGCGGCCGAAGCCGCCGAAGCCGCCGAAGCCGCCGCUGCUGAAGCCGCUGAGAAGGAGGCCGCGCGACAGGCCCCGCGCCAGCAGAGGAUCAACCUUGCGGACUUGAGGCGCACCUCGCAGGCCGAGGAGCCGCUGGAGACGGCACCCGCCUUGCGAGUCCUUGCGAGUCCUUGCGAGUCCUUGCGCUGUUGA